AAGACGUUCAGAGAACAUCCUCAGGAUGUCCUCUGGAUAUCUUUCGGACGCGUCGUGCUAUUAGGGAACGCAGUUUGACAUCUAAAUGUCAAAAUGAUUACUUUUGCUAUCUGUAUCAGGGAUAUUAUGGGGAGGGAAAGAGGGAAUAUUCUUUUGAUCGAUUCGUGACUUACUUCACCGCGAGCAGCCUUCUCCGUGUUUUUUCAUCGUGCGCGAGGAGAGAGAUAGAGAGAAAGGGAGAGAGAGAGAAAGAGAGAGAGAAUGCACACUCCGCGCACUAUCUUCGUCCGUCUAUUGCGUCAUUCCGCGAGCGACUGACAGCCCAGCGGACGACGGUGGCCGAUGAUGUCACGCCGCGCGCGCGAAAAACGUCGAUCCUCGGACACUUCUUCCCCUGGGUGGAGAGACGCGCUACGUCUCCGCCGAGCCUUCGUCAGAGCGAAAGACACGCGAACUGUCAACGACGACACGCACGCACGCACGAGCCAUCCGAGUCUCGGAAGACGCGCCUCCGCCCUUCGUCCGCACGGAGGAUCACGGAGAUCUCUCGAGAGCAACGCGAAAUUCGCGGCCGCGGAUUCGUCACUGCUUACAUUACAGCGUAUCUCUAUAUAUGUAUAUAUAUAUAUACCUAUAUAUAUGUGCGUGUGUGUACCAUGCGCCGACGUCGCGCCGCGCCACUGGACCAUCUACUGCUUCGUGUGUCGGAAGAACGAAAACAAUAAUCAGCUGAUUCGGUGAUCGGUGGCAGGGGAAUCGGUCGCGAUCGGGAAGACACGAGCGCCCUCUUCGUUCGGAGAAGACUGGGGGUAUGUAUGGACUGGAAUUGCAGCACAUCUUUGAUAUCCUUUCCAGAAUCAGACAUGUUCCUAAAUCAUCGAAAUCUCAACUUCUAGAAAUAGGAGACCUGUGACGAGAUUGGACAACUGUGGGAAUGAUUUUGAGAGAGAAGUGGAUUUGAAUAUGAUUUAAAGGAAGGAGACAGAAGAAUUAUAAUGUUAAUUAAUGGAUCCUCCAUUUACGCUGCAUCAGAAACUAAUCAGAAUGUUGACUUGCUUCAAUUUCAUCAUAUUAAUUACACUAACACACAUCGUUGCAGCACGUCCGAAUUUUUUAUUGAUUAUUGUGGAUGAUCUGAGGACCACCUUGGGAUGUUACGGCGAUAUUAAUGCAUACACGCCGAAUAUAGAUGCCUUGGCUAAGGAUAGUAUCGUUUUUACUGAAGCAUUCGCUCAGCAAGCCUUAUGCGCGCCCAGCAGAAAUUCAUUCCUGAUUAGUAGAAGACCAGAUACUCUUCGGCUUUAUGAUUUUUACAGUUAUUGGCGUGAUAAAGUCGGUAAUUAUACCACAUUGCCGGAGCAUUUGAAAAACAAUGGAUACACUACAAUGUCCAUAGGAAAAGUGUUUCAUCCAGGUAUAAGUUCUAAUGGAUCCGACGACAGUCCUUAUUCGUGGACCGAGAAGCCUUUUCAUCCAUAUACAGAUCGGUACAAAAAUGCUCCCGUUUGUAAGACGAGCCCGCAAUCGGAAGCAGCGACGAAUAUUGUAUGUCCGGUACGUGUAUCAGCCAUGCCAAAUAAAACAUUACCCGAUAUCGAGACUUUACGAGAAGCGAGAAAAUUCAUACACGAGCAUAAAAAAGACGACGAUCCCUUUUUCCUAGCUGUCGGCUUUCAAAAGCCCCAUAUACCACUAAAGUAUCCCGAACGCUAUCUAAAAUAUCAUCCUAUACGGAAGUUCAAAAUGCCCGAGUCGUAUCUGUGGCCGGAUAACGUAAAUAACGUCGCUUACAAUCCCUGGACCGAUCUACGAUGGAGAAGAGACAUAGCAAAAUUGAGAUUAAAAUUUCCAUGGGAAAAAAUACCAGAAAAGUAUGGGAAACUAAUUAUCCAAUCAUAUUAUGCAGCCGUUUCUUACGUCGACAAUAUGAUCGGCAAGCUUAUACAUCAGCUACAUGUCUCGAGGAUUCGAGAUAAUACUAUCGUAAUAUUAACAUCCGAUCAUGGUUGGGCACUUGGAGAGCACGCUAUUUGGUCUAAAUAUAGUAAUUUCGACGUUGCUGUACACGUACCUCUGAUAAUAUCGAUUCCGACAGUCACGUUUGUUACUAAUGAUGAUAAUUACGCUAUAAGAUCUAUGGGUCGUACGAGAUAUGAUACAACGCAGAUUACAAAUUAUGAUAAAAUAAGGAAUAAAACAGAUUCGGAGUACAUGAUAUUUGAUGAAAAAAACAACGGCGUUUGGAGAAGUACAAAUUAUAAUACAAGCGUGUAUAAAAGAAUUAUCUCGGAGACAUAUGAGGUUCGACAAGGAUAUAAUAUAUCUAUGGAGAGCAGCAUGUUAUAUAGUUCUAGAAAGCUGAAGAGCAACUACUGUCGAGUUACGAAAUCUCUCGUAGAACUCGUCGAUAUAUUUCCGACCAUCGCGGAUUUGGCGGGUGUUCCCGUGCCAAUAUGUCAAAAUAAUGACGAUAGAAAUCAUCUGCGCUCGAAAAAUAUUCCUAUUUCUCGGAAGAAGGUUUCCGAUCCUUGUAGCGAGGGUAUUACGCUUUUACCACUCAUAGAAAGUACGAUAAGAUGUCAGAACGUAUCUUGGAAAAGAGCGGCCUUCAGUCAAUAUCCGAGGCCAGGAAUACAGCCUACGCUUCAUCCCAACAGCGAUAAGCCUCGUUUGAAAGAGAUAACUAUAAUGGGUUAUACUUUGAAGACCAACGAUUAUCGUUACACAGCGUGGAUACCAUUUGCACACGAGACAUGCAAACCAGAUUGGGACAUUAUUAUCGCAGAGGAAUUAUACGAUCACAGAACUGAUCGGGCGGAAGAUUUUAAUUUAGCAGCCUCACUGAAAAUGUUAAAUACAAAGAAGUACCUUAGAUCGUUGUUAAAAAAAGGAUGGAGAAACGCUCUUCCAAGAUACUAAAAUGCUUAGGAUAUUUUCACUUUAUAUAAAAAACCAUGUUUGAUAUCUCUAUCUUAAAUAUUUAUGAGA